AAAGAUACGAUUUUUUCGCGCUUUUUCCAAGAUUGAGAUAGCGUUUAUUCUUCUAUGGAUUCGAGAUAGGAUUCCUCUUUUUGGUUCCACGGAGGGAUUUGGUUGCCUUCUGGCUUUUCGAAGGGGAUUCAACCGAAGUUCUUUGGAUUGUACAAUUUGCCCCCUUUUUUUUCCUUGUAAAUUCAAGGAAUAUCUGGGACCUGCCUCUUGAUUUUGCCUCACCAAAAAUCAGAGGAGAAAAAGUAAGUCCUUCGAUUCUGAAUGGCGCAAGAGAGCUGGAAAAAGGAUACCGAACAAACUGAUUGUGAAACCCCUGAAGUCCCCAUAUUAUGUGCAAACAAAUGUGGGUUUUUUGGAACUGCCAUGAACAAUAACCUCUGCUCCAAAUGCUACAAGGAUAUUGCCAUGAAACUUGAGUCGAUGGUUUCUUCCCCUAUAACAGAAGUGGAGAAACCACAGAUUGUUCCAUCUUCUUCUGUGCAGAUCAACCACACUGAAGGUUUGAGUAAAGUGGAUGGGCCAAGUGAGCCCAAGGUUGUCGAUGAUCAACUGAAGGGAGUGUUGAAGAAGCAACCGGCUAACCGAUGUGCCCAAUGCCAGAAAAAGAUAGGUUUAAUUGGUUUCAAAUGCCGGUGUGGCGGCGCAUUCUGUUCCUCUCAUAGGUACUCUGAGGCACAUGAAUGCUCUUUCGACUACAAGGCUGCUGGCCGAGUGGUGUUAGCCAAAGAGAAUCCUAUUGUGAUGGCUAAGAAGUUGGAGAAAAUUUGAAGUCAUAGUUGUUCUUGAGUGGGGAUACAAAGGCAUGUUCCGAUGUGAAUCAGAUAGCCAAGUCUUUAUAAAAGUGAGUAUUGAAGUGCUUUAUUCUUCGAAUUGAAGAUGCUGGCAUACUUUCUUUUAUGAUGUAAAAAGAAACUUCAUCAAAUGUAUGGGUAUGAUAGCGUA